CUCGGGAGUUCCGGUCUCCGUGUAAACAGUUAAGAUGGCGGCUUGCUGCGUUCGCAUCGCUGUCACUCAGACUCUGAGAGGAUUCAGAGGACGAGGACACCUGAGACACAUACCUGCUGCUGCAAGACAGCAGAAGGACGGCUCCGUGACCACACAGACUGGGCAGGGGAAGCACUCGGCAUGCUGGGUAACCUUGAGACAUGAGUCCAUAGGUGGGGACCUCCAGAACACAGAGAGAGGAGGAGGAGGAGGAGGAGGAAGAGGAGGAAGAGGAGGAGGAGGAGGAGGAGUGCUGUGGGCGGCCGUUGCUUUCUCUCUGUUCAGGUCUGAUGAAGACCAGCGAGAUGAAGCCCAGAGGAAAGAGGAUGACAUCAUCCUGCUGCUGAAGAAAGCCAAGCUGAGUGUGUAUAGAGGACAGCUGCAGGCUGCCUCUGGUUUCCUCCAUCAGGCCGUAGCUCUGGCUCAUCAGACCCACAACACCCAGGCCAUCAUCUACACCUACAGCCUGAUGGCGAACCUGGCCUACGUUCAGGGUCAGCUGGACAGCGCAGAAAAACUCUUCAAAGCAGCGAUGAGCUUCCUGCUGUCAGGAGGAACGCCACAGGACGACAACGCCGUCAUCGAGAUGUCUCUGAAACUUGCCACCAUCUACGCUGAACAGAACAAGACGGAGCUUGCAGAGCAAGGCUUCAGCUUCUGUCUGGAGUCUCUGGAGGCCAAACUGAACCAGAAGGAAACGGCUGCAGAGGAGCUGACAGAGGAGCAGGAGGCUCUGAGGAAGGAGACCCGUCUGCUGCUCGGACUCUGUUUGGACUCUCGGGCUCGGUACCAAGCGUCCUCGCUGCACCUGGAGCAGGCGGGACGGGACUACCAGAAGGCCCUGGACAUCUGCCGCUCAGAGCAGGGAGACACACACCCACAGGUAGACAGACAGGUAGACAGACAGGCGGGACGGGACUACCAGAAGGCCCUGGACAUCUGCCGCUCAGAGCAGGGAGACACACACCCACAGACUCUGGUGCUGAUGAGCGACCUGGCCACCAUCUUGGAUCUGCAGGGUCGCCAUGACGACGCCCUGGCGCUGAUCCAGCAGGCGGUGGAUCUGAGCCGCUCAGCGGGACACCCAGACCAGCACGUGCUGCUGGGAAACAUGGCGGGCAUCCUGCUACACACAGGCCGGGUGCAGGACUCGGUCCAGCUGUACCACGAAGCUCUGAGUCUGGCCCAGCAGGCCGGAGACCAGGAGGCCGUGAUCCAGAUCCAGGAGGGACUGGAGGAGGUGAAGAAGAGGAGGAAGCAGCAGGAGGAAGAGGAGGAGAAGACCGGUCCUCAGUAGUCAGGUUUCAUCCACAUCUGUCUCAAGUUUAACCAAAGUUAAUAUAUGGAAUAAUAACUCAAAUAAAUGUUUCCAUCCUCGAC